GGUGGCCAACCCCGACACAACUGGGUGUGUCUUUGGGGGGGGGCGUGCCCACCCACCACGCUGCAGCUUCUCCUCCCUGGUCAACUAUUUGAGGAGGCGUCCGUGCAGUGAUUCCUGAUCACACUUUGUGAACUUCCACGUAUGUUGGCGUGGCCCCCUUUUUUAAAUUUUUUCUUUUUUUUUCUUUCUUUGUGUGUGUGUGUGACUCCACAACAAGCCUCCCAAAGUAGAAGAGGACGCUUGCCGCACCUGAGCGCGCUCCGUGGGAAUUACUUCUGCAUUGAAAACGACAACAUGCCUCGCUCUUUCCUUGUCAAGAAGUAUUUUUCCAGCAAGAAAGCUUGCUACCGAGAUAGCCUCCUGGAGAGCCAAAGUGCCUUUGUCCCGGAAAGCUUCCCACGCGCUGACCUUCCCACGCAGAACCUGAGCUCAGCCCUCACCUGCCCCCCCUCGGAUCCAUCCACGCGCACACUGACCCCCGAGGCCCCGGCGUCCCUCCCUCCAUCCCCGCUCGGGCCUCUGGACCUCAGCAGCAGCAGCGGCGGCGAGGAAGAGGAAGAGGAAGACAACGGCCGCUCUUCCGACCCCCCCAGCCCGGAUGUCCUCCAACCCGUCUACGGCUGCGUGUACUGCGGUAAGAGCUACGGCAGCGUCUCGGCGCUGUCCCGCCACCAGACGCCCAGAAUCUGCGCCGAGGCGUCGGCGUCCCGGCCGGCCUUCCGUUGCAAACACUGCCCCAAGGAGUACACCAGCUUGGGGGCCUUGAAGAUGCACAUCCGCUCCCACACGUUGCCGUGCGUGUGCCCCACCUGCGGCAAGGCCUUCUCCAGACCGUGGCUGCUCAGGGGACACAUCCGCACACACACAGGUGAACGUCCGUUCGCUUGCCAACACUGUAACCGGGCCUUCGCCGACCGCUCCAACCUCCGGGCGCACCUGCAGACGCACUCGGAAGUCAAGAAGUACCAGUGCGGCUCCUGCUCGCGGACCUUCAGCCGCAUGUCUCUGCUGCACAAACACAACGCCGCCGGAUGCGGCGACCUCGCCUCGUAGACCGACCCCCCCCCCCCCCCCCCCCCAUUCCCAGGAGCCUCCCCGUUGGCUCCAUUCUUUUUUCAAUUUCAGAGCUGAGAUUCAAAAUCGUCAACAGUGAGUGCAUGUAUGACACGAGAGCAGCUGGACGUGCGGUUGAACCCCAGGAAACUCCCAUCGGUGCCGGCCGGUCCGGGACUCUGGCUACGCUGCAGCUGCUUGGGUGUGUUUUCGUGCAUACGUGUGGAUGCCGUUUCUUGUUAUGCAGGCAAGAUGUGUGUGUGUGUGUGUGUGUGUGUGUGUGUGUUGAGACAGCUGCCUGUGCAGGUGGGUGACGGGUGACCUCCACUCGCCCACCUUCUCGGCGCCGGAUGACCUGACCACUAUAGUUUGACCAAAGGACCUAGUUUGUUUCCCCCAAUAUUUCUCUGGUGUCUUAAUGCUGUGUAACUUUUUAAUAUUUUGACAUCAAUUUUUUCAUUUUAUCAGUCACAUUUGUGCACCCCCUUGCCACUUGUAAGUAAAUAAAAGCUUUGUUGUAUGGGAAAAAAAACAACCCACCUC